AUGACCUCGCCCGAUCUUCAAACAGCGCUGCUGCGCCCAGCAGUUCUUCAGGUGCUUCGUGCGGCAGGAUUUGGGUAUUCUCGCCCUGCAGUGGUCGACACCAUCACCGACCUCGCUGCGAGGUAUCUGGUUCUUCUUGGUUCUUCUACGGCUCAGAAUGCCUUCAAUACCCACAACGAUCAUGUCCCGACUAUUCAAGAUGUGCGGCUUGCGUUGACUCAAGCCGGAGCACUGGUACCGCAGAUGAGUGCCGUGGAGGAAAGCUUAAAGGGCGACGUCGAGAUUGAUGGGGUGAUGGUUCCUUUCGAGGACUUGCGUGGAGUGCAGGGAUUUGUGAACUGGGCUCAUGGACCCGUCAACAAGGGAAUCCGAAGAGUUGCGGGAUUUGGCGACGAUGCAAAUGUUGAGGAAAUUGCCGCUGGACUAGAUGAGCAAGAAGAUUAUCUGACAGGUCAGUUUUGA